AAGCAAACGAAAAAGAAAAUUUACAACCAGGUAUCACAGUGGCCAAGUGUUUCCAGGGUUUAGGGGUUCUUGCGUUAAUGUGUGGAUAAGGUUGUGGCGAUGGCGUCGGCAUGCUGCGUCCACCAGAUUUCCAGUCUUUCGCUGGGCAGCAAGCUGCAAGAGUUUCAAGAUAGGCGUAGUGGUGCUGCUACCACACAUUCCUCCUCCUCGGCAGUGCUGGGCUCCAGGACAUGGAAGUUUUGCUCGUACAACCAUCGUAGAUUAAUGCUACAGUCGGCACCAACACCGAGGAGUGGCGCUUCUUCCAUCGUCAAGAGCCAGAGACUAGCGGCGGCAGGCAUGGUUAGAACGAUUGCGACUACUCCGGAUUCGGAGGUGGGAGCGUCCGACACCGAGGGAGACUCGACAACUUCGGAGGUAGCCGAGGUCAUUGAUGUGGAAGCGGAGGAAGGAGCUGAAGAUACCGAAGAAGUAAAGAAGAGCUUGAGGCAACCAAAGGUGAAGAAGAAAUCGCUGGUUCACAUUCUAGAGGUGGGUAAGUUCUUCCAGUUCGAUCAUUCACUCUUAUCAUGUUUUCCCUGCUAUCUUUUUGUCCUCCUCUUUUUCUUCGAGCAGGCACUUCACAAGCAGGCAAUUGAGGAAGCCACAAAGGAUAGAGACAUUCCAGACCUCAGACCAGGAUAUGUAGUGCAGAUCAGACUCGAAGUUCCAGAAACAAAACGCAGGGUGUCUCUCCUUCGAGGGAUUGUGAUUUGCCGCAGGAACAAUGGAGUGAACACGACGUUCACAAUCAGGAGAAUCUUUGCUGGUGUUGGCGUUGAGAUGGUCUUUCCUCUAUACUCCCCCAACAUCAAGGAGAUAACCGUGCUACAAAAGAAAAAAGUGAGACGAGCCAAGCUUUACUAUUUGCGUAAGAAGCUGGCCAGGUUCUCAACCUUCUGAGUACCAUGCUUUUUGAAUGUAAAUUCAUCUCGUCAACGAGGCCAA